AUGAAGUUCUCCGCUUUGAUUGCAGGUGCAAUUGCAUUUAACUGUAUGUCCUUGGCCGCAGCAGAUGACAACAAGGCAUCCGUUACGGUCACUGUCACUACAGCCCGUCCAUCUACUUACACCAAGGGAAGAUUCAACAACACUCACGGAGAGCAGUCAUCUAGUACUACUUCAUCAGGUACUCAUUCUAAUGGUAGAUUUAACAACACGCAUCAUGAGACCAAGACUACAACUUCGUCGUCGUCAUCUGUCCCAGGUACUACUACUGAGACCCAGUACACUACUGCUUCGAAUGCUGCCUCGGGCCCAAUUGCUCCAUUCCAACUAGAACAUCGCAAUGCAGUCUUGGGACUUUCCUUAGGUGGAGCUGGUGUUGCAGCCAUUGCUUUGUUAAUGUGA